GUUCACUUAGCUGCUUGUGCUGGCUAAGGGCUGGUGUAGUAAGGUAACCAAACUGGAAAAUCUAGUAUGACACAACUUGAGAAUGAACAUUUUUGUGUUUUCAAAAGUGCAGGCAAAUCAAUACUUCCGCCUCAUCCCAUUUCUUUUUCAGAGGAUACAGUCCCAGUCCACUCCUUGCUCCAUGGAAUUUUCCUUGUUUACCCAACUCGCUGAGAUCACUUGCUUGUAAAUUUAUGCUGAUCCUGGCUGCUGACGUCUCAGAUCUUGACCCUGAACUGACACCAACAUUAUCACAGCAGAAACAGGAAGGAAGUGAGUCUUUUUGGUAUUUGCCUUAAAGUCAAAAUUUCUCUCAGAAGUGGAAGCAAUGAAUGGUAGUGUUCCUGAACCUGAAUGUCAGGCUAUUGAAUUACAAGGUGGGAGAGAACUUGAGGAGGAAAAUGAAGUGGACCAUAAUAAACCUCUUAAUCCUGAAGCAUCUAUAACAAAUAAGGGGAGAGCCUACUACUGGAAGUCUUGUGGAGACACAAUUUUUUGGAAAUGUAAACUAUGGAUGGUUAUAUCUUCAGUUUUCCUAGGGCUCCUUCUAGUGAUUAUUAUCAGCUUAAUUCUUUAUUCAGAGGUUUACAUCGAUGAAGAUGAAUAUUGGGAUCCUGAAUCAGUGUCAAGUGGAAACUAUCGCAAUUUUUCUGGAAGACUACAAGUGAAGUGUGUUGCUCAAUCAAAUUAUUCAGAAGAUCUUACUAAGAGGCUAAUAGAUGUCUACAGUUCGUCUCCAGCCCUGGGGCGCUAUUUUAUUACUGCUCAAGUGGAUUCCUUCAGUUAUGAAAAUGCCACUGCAUUCUACCAGCUGGUAUUCUCCUUGCCACCAGUGGCUGAUGAGAUUAUGAAGUACACGAUGAGUGAAGAGUUUGUGAUGAAUGUCUUGCGACAAAAUAUUUAUGAUCAGGAAGAUACUUAUGAUCAGGAAGCACCUGAAUGUACCAAGAUAAGGCUUGAUCCAGCUUCUCUCACAGUAACUUAGUAACAGCGGAAAGAUUCCUAGUUCAUCACAGCCACUUAAGGACAUGUGCUUCCUGUAUCUAUUAACAUCCUGAGGAAUGAGAAUUAAUUUCAUUAUUUUGAAACAUUUCUGAAGAAUAUGGCUGUAUUGUGAACACUUUACACAAUGCAAGAGUGUAUGUAGCGAAUGCAAUAUUUUUAUCACCGCUAAUUAUGCUUUGAGUACAGCCAACUCCUUCACUGCUGUCCUGACACUCACUCCACCCUUCUCCAAUCCACUUGAAGCUUUGUUGCCAAAAAUCAUGUAACUUGCCUGAUGCUGAGCACCUUAAUCCACUUUUGCAGCAUCUUCACUGAUUUUACGUUGCCUUUUUAAUAGAAUCCAGAACUUGUUCUUCCCUUCAAACCCCUCCAUAGUCUAGCUCCUUUCUAACACUCCACUCUUCCCACUCUACUGCCAGUCACAUUUUCCUCUUUGCGCAUGCCAAGUUGUCCAUGCAGUUGCCCCUUGAACUUUGUUUCCCACACUCACCUCCUGGCUUUGUUCAUGCUGAUUGCGUCCACCAUACUUCAUCCCUCAACUUGAAAUCUCGCUUUAAACCCAUUUCUUGUAAACUGUACAUGCUUAAAUACUUCCCUGUUUUCUUGAUUUUUUUUUUAAAUGACUUUCAAACUCUUGCAUUAGUCUCUUCCAGAGACCUCUGUCAUAUUGCUCUCUUUCUCAUCCUUCCCUUUUCUCUCCCUCCCUGUGGAGAUGUCUGCUCCUGUUUCUUGCCUUAAUUAGAUUGAUUGUAAGCUCUUAUGGAGCAGUGACUUCAUCUUUAUUGGUACAGUGAAGUGUCAUGUACAUUUAUGAUGCUCUACUAUUGUCUCAUGGCCUGGCCCUGCAAACACUUUGUCACAAGUAUUUCCAUUCCAUUCAGUGGGAGGAGUGAAGUGAAUUUAGGACUGCUGUACCGCAGAGGUAUGUAGGAUAAAUGUGCUCCUCAGUGACAUGUUCCAGUAUGCAGUGUUCUAGGAAUUGCUCAUGGGUCAAUAUAGCUGUUUACUUGCUAACUUAAUAGAAUUAGUCCAUAAUAUGUGUGUCAAAUGGCAAAUAUUUGACACAACUAUAACUUGUUUUUUUAAAAGCCCUUCUUUGAGUCCAUAUCAUGAUUGUCUACAGGGCUCAAGAAAUACUCACCAACACUACAUAUACAGAUAGGAUAUAUGACCAGAGAUGUUUUUUUUUUUUUUUGCCCUUUGGAUGAUCAAAUACUGGUCACAGUUGUAGGCAAAACACCUGACUAAAUUGGUCAGUGGUAACAUCAGGCAAAUCCUUUGUUUCUAAGCAUGUCACUUCCAGAGGCGGCUCUAGGUAUUUUGCUGCCUCAGGCACGGCAGGCAGGCUGCCUUCCGGGGUUUGCCUGCGGGAGGUCCCCGGUCCCGCAGAUUCAGUGGCAUGCCUGUGGGAGGUCCGCCGAAGCCGCGGGACCAGCGGACCCUCCACAAGCAUGCUGCCGAAGGUAACCUGCCUGCCUCCCUUGCGACGACCGGCAGAGCGCCCCCCGCGGCUUGCUGCCCCAAGCACACGCUUGGCGUGCUGGUGCCUGGAGCUGCCCCAUGUCACAUCAGAAAGUCAACAUGUGAUCAUGUAACGACAGUAAUACUGCAUUUGCACAUGGCAGAAAAAUUAAGGUGAAACUGAAUUAUUAAUUUUGUGACUCGUCGGCUGAAGAGAGAAUUUCAGCAUUAUACUAUGGAAGUGCAACUUCCUGCAGUGAAUUAUUCUUAGUUUUGAAGUUCAAAAGUUUAUACCAAAAUGUGAAUUUUAAUAUAUUUUUACAGGAAGAUUUAUCUUAUGAAACUUUAUGGCAUUACAGUAGGAGACAAGUAUGUGGGAAAUAAUCCCUUUUUUUAAAAAAAAAGUAAUCUAUUUUCAGAAAAUGACUAAACUGUAUCUGAUAUAUUAAAUAUAUAUAUUUUUGUGAUACGAUUUAAUGUUUGUUUGAAUUGUUGCUUUAUCUGUUCUAGGCCUUGACCAGUGACUUUGGGCUGAAAGAUGGCCAUAAAGGUA